ACUGAGUGUAUGCUGUAAGGACCAAACCAAAGUUUAUCUAUCUCCUACUUGGGCUAAAUUACCAAUAACUAUCCCAAAAUACAAGAACCAUUAUGCCAGACUUCAAAAAAUGUAGGUCCAUGUAGGUCACACGGGUUUUUGCUCCGGAAGUUUCACUGUGUUCCAUCGUCACCCUAGAGUGCGCAGACCGAGCCGACCCAGGCCUGGGGUCGACCGUCGUGUUUUUCACAAGACUCGAGACUUCAAUAUAUCCUGUCAAAAGAGAACUUACUGGCUACAUUAUUUUGCCCACCCAUCAACCAUGAAAGGACGAGUCAUUAUUUUCUCGAUCACUGGCUGUCCGUUUUGUAUGCGAGCCAAGGACAAAAUGCAGAAACUUGGCAUAGAUUACAUCGACAUCAAUUUGGACAACUAUCCCGAGCGGCGAGCAGAAGCGAAGGAACGAUCGGGCAGGAACACCGUGCCGCAGAUAUUCUUCAACAACCGACACAUCGGCGGCUUCGACGACUUUGAUAAAUUGACGGAGGCUGAACUUCAAGAGUUAAUCAAAGAAGUGGAGGAGAAUCCAGCACCUGCAAAUGCUCCUCAACCACCCUCCCCAGGAGACUCAGGAAAUGCAAAAGAGGGGGAAGAAAUCGAUUUCACCUGUGAGCUGGAUGAAUAUGCUCAGCUUGUCAAGGACUUCAAAGAAAGUGGUCUUAUAAAAGAUCGCCGUAAAGGUCUCAUACACAGUUACAAGAACUCCUUCAUUGGCAAGGAAGCUGUAGAUUGGCUUGUCUCAUCAAAGAAAGUAGAAAGAGAAAGAGCGAUAGAGAUGUGCCGUGAGCUUGUCGAGCGCAACUUUGGUCAUAGUUUGGAAAAAGGAAAGGACACAGAGUUCAGGGAUGAUGACAGCAUUUAUCGUCUUCUUGAAGAUGACGAAUCCACCGCAUUGAACUCUGGGAUGAGCUCCCUGUGUGAACCACGCCCAGCCCCCCAAAUUGCCGAAGAGUUGAGGCGGUUGAUUCUUAAGCUAUACAGCCAAUUCUUGUCGAAAGAUGGAAAG